UCUGCCUUUAAAUAAUUAAACUCUCUCUGUCUAUCUCUUUCAUUUUUCGUUUUCUCAAAUAGAAUCUCUUUCGUAGUUUCGCUCCCUGUAAUUUGGCAAGUAGAAAAUAACUGGAAUCUUCUCUACCUUUUUUGUCUCUCUCUUGCUCUUUCUUGUUCGAAGGUCGGCCAUGGCUACCGAGGACCGAAGAAAUGAACCAGAACAGGAAUGCCUUUACAAGACAAAACUCGUACAGUUCUUGGGACGCACCACGCCCAUCAUUCUUCAGAACGACAAUGGACCUUGUCCUCUCCUCGCAAUAUGUAACGUUCUUCUUAUUAGGAACAACUUGAAUUUGAACGCGGAUGCGUCUGAAGUUUCAUUGCAGAAAUUGCUUUCCCUUGUCGCCGAAAGAUUGAUUGAUUCUAACAGCAAUGUCGAGAAUAAAGAUGCUGGAUAUGUCCAGAACCAGCAACAGAACAUAGCUGAUGCCAUUGACCUGCUCCCUCGACUUGCAACGGGGAUUGAUGUAAACAUUCAAUUUAGGAGAAUUGAUGACUUUGAAUUUACGCCUGAGUGUGCCAUAUUUGAUCUCCUGGACAUUCCACUGUAUCAUGGCUGGAUUGUUGAUCCUCAGGAUUAUGCUACUGCAAAUGCAAUUGAAUCCAAGUCCUAUAACACUCUCAUGGGGGAGCUUGUUGCCCUUGAAACCAAAAAUACAGAACAUAAGAGCAACCCAGAAGAAGAUUCUGUUGAUUUUGCUGCUGCAACAACUGCAACUUUAGGGGUUCCCUCACCAUCUCUUUCAAGAGGUAUAUCUUUUGAUGAAUCACCUGGUGCUGUAUCUGGAAAUCAGAAAGGAAGAGAGGAAAACUUGGAGAAUGAAUCACCUGGUGCUGUAUCUGGAAAUCAGAUAGGAAGAAAGGGAGACUUGGAGGAAGAAGCUGAACUUUUAAGGGUCUUGAAAUUGUCAGAAGGUCAAGUGUUGACUUCAAUGGAUGAGUCUCCAUCAGCUGAUACAAGUGGGAAUAAUAGGUCUGUAAUUGUAGAAGAGACUGUGCAUCUCCAAAGAAAUGGGUCAGCUGCAGAUACUUUAGAGGGGCGCAUUAGUGAGGAACAUGAAAUACCCCAUCUGUCUGAACCAUCCAUAUCACAGGAUCCCACUGCUGUCUGUGGUGGCAAUAGUAAUCUGAUAUCUUCUGAAAUUACUUUAAGGGAAAAUGAUUCAUGCUUAAAGAUUGAAGCUGAGAGUCAUGUUGAUCAGUUAAAGAAUAAUGAAUCUCAGGAACAUUUCAUUUCUACUGACCUGAUAGAGAACAGCAGAACUGAUGUAUUGGUUCAGAAUCCAAGUGAACCAUUUCAUUUUCUGGACAAAGAUUUUUCCUCGCCCUCCAAAGACCAUAUCCAUGGCUCUGGAGGGGAUCAAGUUCAACAGACAUGCCUACUGGAUACUUCCACAUCUGAAACUCAUCAUGAACCAGCAGAUGAUCUUGGUGUCUUUGAAAGUACAGCAUCGACUUGUACACCCACUUCAAAUCCUCAGUCUGAUGAAUUUAGUGGCAGUUGUCAGCACAUGGAUCAACCGAAGAGUAUUGCCUCAAGCCUUGAUGGAAGUGAACCCAUAUAUGAAGGAGAGGAGCGCAUACUUGAUCCAAGAUUAACAAUUUAUGAAAACCGGGAGCCUAUGUAUGAAGGCGAGAUGGUUCUUGCCGAGCAAGCUGACCAAGGUGCCGGAGAUGGAAGUGAUUUGCAACCCGGGGAUGAAAUCACUCAGCAGAAAGGGGAACUUAUCAAGAAUUUUCUGAGGAACAAUGCGAGCCAAUUAACCAUAUAUGGCCUCUUUUGCCUCCAGGAAGGUCUGAAGGAACGGGAGCUUUGUGUUUUCUUCCGCAAUAACCACUUCAGCACCAUGUUCAAGUUUAACGGUGAACUUUAUCUCUUAGCUACUGAUCAAGGUUACAUAAACCAGCCUGAUUUGGUAUGGGAAAAAUUAAAUGAGGUAAAUGGAGAUACAGUGUUUAUGACAGGCAACUUCAAGGAAUUUAAGGUCGAAAAUCAUGUCAAUGACCAAUGGGAUGAGCGAAAUGUGGUGGCCUGUACUGCUGACUACAUUGCUAGCAUAGAUAAUACUGCAACUGCGGGUUCGACUAUAAACUCCGACCUGCAACUGGCAAUAGCACUACAACAACAGGAAUUUGAGCAGCAGCCUCAGCGGCAUACUACGCCACAAUCAACUGCCAACAGUUCAAGGCUUGUCACAGGUCCACAGGUGCCAAAAAGUAGUGGCAACCAUUCAUCUUUGAAGCCGGAAGCAAAGUCAAAAGACAAGUGUAGUGUGAUGUAAAGUUAGCAAGGUUUAUCAAUGUACUGUAAAUGGUGUAAUUUUGUUCUGAGAGGACUUGAAUAACAGAAAUCAGCACUGUUUUCAUCUCCCAGAUGAGUAUUCUGAUGUAAAUGAAAUACAUAUAUAUAAAGAUUCAAAUUGUCGCAUGCUGUCUUACA